GAUCCCUGUGCGGAGCAGACCGCUGGCGCGAUGCUGGCGCUGUGGCUGGUGCACUGGGGGCCGAAGCUGCUGAUGUGGGGCGCGCUGAGCGCCAUCUCGGUGGGGGGCGCCACCCUAAUCCUGAACCUCCUGCAGAUGCUGGCUAGCUACGCGCGGAAAUGGCAGCAGAUGAGGCCCCUCCCCACGUUACCCGGCGCCUACCCGUUCGUGGGACACUCGCUGUGGAUGAAGCCGGACGGGAGAGAAUUUUUUCAGCAGCUCAUUUGUUACAGCGAAGAAUACCGACACCAACCACUACUGAAACUUUGGCUUGGGCCCAUACCAAUAGUGGCCAUUUAUAAUGCAGAAAGUGUAGAGGUAAUUUUAACUAGUUCAAGGCAAAUUGACAAAUCCUAUAUGUACAAGUUCCUGGAACCAUGGCUUGGCCUAGGACUUCUUACAAGUACUGGAAACAAAUGGCGAUCUAGGAGAAAAAUGUUAACGCCCACUUUCCAUUUUACAAUUCUGGAAGAUUUCUUAGAUGUCAUGAAUGAACAAGCAAAUAUAUUGGUUAACAAGCUUGAAAAACAUGUUAACCAAGAAGCAUUUAACUGCUUUUUUUACAUCACUCUUUGUACCUUAGAUAUAAUUUGUGAAACAGCUAUGGGGAAGAAUAUUGGUGCUCAAAGAAAUGAUGAUUCCAAAUAUGUCCGUGCAGUUUAUAGAAUAAGUGAUCUGAUACAUCAGAGAAUGAAGAUGCCCUGGCUCUGGCUUGAUUUUUUGUUUCUUAUGUUUAAAGAAGGACGGGAAUACAAAAGGAGCCUAGAGAUCCUACAUAAUUUUACCAAUAAUGUCAUCACUGAACGGGCCAGUGAAAUGAAGAGAGAAGAACCCGGAAGUGCUGACGAGGACUCUUCCCCCUCCAAAACUGAACGAAGGGCUUUUCUUGACUUGCUUUUAAAUGUGACUGAUGAUGAAGGGAACAAGCUAAGUCAUGAAGAUGUUCGAGAAGAAGUUGACACCUUCAUGUUUGAGGGCCAUGAUACGACAGCAGCAGCAAUAAGCUGGUCCUUAUAUCUAUUGGGUUCUUACCCAGAAGCCCAGAAACAGGUGGACAGUGAACUGGAAGAAGUGUUUGGGAAGUCUGAUCAUCCUGCUGCCUUAGAGGACCUGAAGAAACUCAAAUACUUGGAAUGUGUCAUUAAGGAGAGCCUUCGCCUUUUUCCUUCUGUUCCUUUAUUUGCCCGUAAUCUUACUGAAGAUUGUGAAGUUGGGGGUUACAAAAUUGUGCAAGGCUCUCAAGCCAUCAUCAUUCCCUAUGCACUGCAUAGAGAUCCAAGAUACUUCCCAAAUCCUGAGGAGUUCCAGCCCGAGCGGUUCUUUCCUGAGAAUUUGCAAGGACGCCAUCCAUAUGCAUACGUGCCCUUCUCUGCUGGACCCAGAAACUGUAUAGGUCAAAGGUUUGCCAUAAUGGAAGAAAAGGCCAUUCUUUCCUGCAUCCUGAGGCAUUUUUGGGUAGAAUCCAACCAGAAAAGAGAAGAACUUGGUCUAGCAGGAGAGUUGAUUCUUCGUCCAACUAAUGGCAUCUGGAUCAAGUUGAAGAGGAGAAAUGCGGAUGAAUCCUAACCAUAUAAUUGGACUGUGCCUUUGUCAUGUAAAAGGUCUUUCUUGAAGGAAACUGGAUUUAUAAUUUCUAGAUCAGAGUUCAAUACUCUUAGUCCCCAGACCUAUUUCUUUCUUGUCCCUGCUUACGUUGCAGUCAAGUCCACCAAAGAGUUUUAUAUUUUCAUCACCACCAUAGAUCUUACCCUUGGUUUUGAUCCCAAAAGUAGAGUUAACUGAUGAUGGCACCCAAAUAAACAUAGGACAAGUUUUUCAACAGAGGGAUCCACUGACCAACUCAAUUUCAAUUGGCAGAUCCAAAGGAUAUAAUUUAAUUAAAGUUCCAGAAUUUUUUUAAGGUAUUCUUAUUGACUGGGGAACAUAUAUAUGCAUGUACACCUACGCAUUUACUUUGAAAAGGGUGAUUAAUUAAGUGCUUAGACAUAAGAAGCUUAAGUUUUUAAAUUAUAUGAGUGGCAUCAAUUAUGAGAAGAAUUAUUAUUACAGCACUUUUUGGAUUUUAUCACCUAGAGUAGAUAAUUUGUAAGUUGACUCAUAGGUUCUCUUCCUAUUUCC